UGACGCAGGAGCCCCCUUUCAAACCACCUUCCAUUCCAUCCAUCCUCCAACGGCUACCUCACCCUCCCCUCCCCACGGUCCAAACCCCGAUGCGGCGGCCUCCACCCACCCCAACCCCGUGACCACCCGCCGCCGCUUCUCCGUACCCCACCGCCAUGCCCUCCUACGCCCCCGCCGCCGCCGUGCCGCGGCCAUCCGCCUCCGCUUCCGCCUCCAGGCCCCGGAACCGGAAGCCCUCCCCCUCCCGGCCCCCGUCCCCCGCGACGGCGCCCAAGCCCAAGGCGGCGGCGGCGGCGGCGGCGGCCGGGAGCACCGCUCGCCGCCGCAGCCCGCUCUCGGACCUCAACUCCAGGGACGCAUCGGCCGCGCGCGAGCGCCCCGGGUGCUUCCGCUUCUUCCUCCCCUCCUCCGCCGCGUCGGGAUCCAGGUCCGCCUCCACCCCGCGGACCCCCAGGCGCCCGGACCCCAAGCCUCAGCCCGCCGCCCGGAGGCCCGACCGGCUCCCGGACCAGGAGUCGAGGACCCGCGCGGAGCGAGAGCCGCGGAGGCGGGGGCCGGAGCCCGGCGCCGGGAAGAAGCAGUGGCCGGCGAAGGGGCGGCGCCCGGAGCAGCUCGAGGCGCUGACGCCGGAGCAGAAGAAGGCCGGCCCGGGGGCCACGCCGCCGACCGGCGCGACGCCGCCGGUCCACGCGUCGAUCUCGCCCGAGGUGGCGGCGGCGGCGGCGUGCGGGUCCGCGACGCCGGCGUGCUUCGCGGCGGGCCACCACGUGCUGCCCGGCGUCGGGGACCGCCGCAAGUGCCGCCCGCGGGGCAUCCUGGCGAUCGCGGGGGAGGGUGGGCCGGCCGGCGAGGACCUCGGCGCAGAGCCGUCCCGCGCGUCCAUCCGCUGGCUGUCCUCGCCGUCGGGGGCCGAGGCCGGGACGUGCUCGACGAAAUGCGGCGGCGACGAGGAGGCGUCGAUGAACUGGCUGGUGUCCCCGCGCGACGAGGGCGGGGCUGACCUGCUCGAGGACGAGAUCUUCGUGCCCAGGUGCUCCUCGGAGGACGCGUUCUGGCGAUUCUCCCCGGACUGCACGGGGCUGUUAGGCUCGCCGCUGCUUGGCGGGCUGCUGGACUUCGGCACGCCAGCGUCGGACAUGUCCGGGACGAUGCCGUCCUCAGGUUUUCUCCCCGUGCAGAAGACGCCGAGCAGCGGAGAUAGCAUCAGUCCCUUCUCGCUUAUCGUCAAGAGGGCGUCGGAGUCCUCUGCCAGAUUACACAGUUUGUGUGCCCAGAAGGGUCUGGGCAGCAGCUACCGCAGCUGUUCGGCGGCGGAUUUGACACCAAUGUCUGGUGAGUCAUGGCCUGAAAGUAUCAGCAAUGGAACACGGUCUGGAUUGACAAGAACAGGCAGUCGUCCGAUGAAGAUGAUGGACCCAGUGCUGGAAUGCUUUGAGAUGAUGAGUUUGUCCCCGAGGCCCGGGGAUGAUGACUAUGAUGGAAAUGGCGCGCUGCCUGCGCCGUUGCCUGAGCUAAGCUUCCAAUUUACAGGAGCUCCAAUGUCUCUUGAAUCAGUAGACUUGUCCUUCUUUAAGAGGUCUCCACGUGACGUAGAAUUGAAGGGGAAGGAGACGAGUUUUAGGAAACCGGUCAUGUCAGAGACUCGGAUCUCCUGGCGAGAAGGUCUUGUUAGCAGAAUGUUUGAUGUUGGCGACUUGGAUUGCUGCAAAUGGAUAUCUGAUGAUGAAGAUUCACCAGUGCUUUCGCACAAGGAUGAGGCUUUGCCUGACAGUACCAAUUCUCAGACAGGUGGCAACCCGCAGGAAGCAUGUGGUUUUGGCUCUAUUGAGUUCAAUUGUGUCGGUGGUGAACUGAACAACGACAGCAGCAAGGCCUCUUCAAACCCAGUCCCAAUUGCCGAGUCCAUGAGAGCAGAAGGAUUCGAGCUCGUCUCAUCCGAUGAUUCUGACUGGACUCUCUUCUACAAGAAUGACUUGUAUGAGUCAUGAGAUGUCUGAACUCUGAACUGCAGCGGGGGGUUUCUCUGUUCAGAUGUUGUGUACCAAUUGUACUACUAGAACCAUCGCAAACACACGCGUUUGUGUUUGCCUCAACCAUGUGCCUUUUUCAGCAUUUGAAGUUUUGCUUUACAUUCUUUGGCACUACAUGCAAAUCAUGUUGGUAGAUAGAUUUGUUUCUGGAAUAACCACUUGUGGUCCCUUUUAAUCCACUGGUCAUAAUUCAGAGAGCUUCAUGCAUAGCAGAGCUGUUUAUUUUAUUAUUUCUGAACUUUGUUCAAAAGCAUUAGCUCAUAAUCUGUGAUAACUGUGGGCUACUGGUUGUGAUACUCUCGCUGUUGAGACUUGCUGACUCUGCUGUUAAAUAGUAGAAUGCAGCUGGUAACAUUUACUGAAUUUAACUUCUAUUGGUUUGUAGAUUGCUUAGAUAUGUUCUAUGGAUUUAGUUGUUUGAAAUUUCAAAGUUGCAUGACAUCCCUAAUAUGAUAUGUCACAUGCUUCUUUGUGUUUCUCAUGCUGUUACUUCUGCAUUUAAUUUGCAUAAGCAGUUUCUAAAUUACUUAGACAUAUUACAUUUUUGAAUCUUACUUUUUAUACAAAGCUACUUCAUAAAUUAUCCUUGUUUAUUGAACCUGUUUAUGUUUCUGUAGGUAAAGUCAUUAUGGAUGGAAGAGUUGUGAAUAAAGCUGGAACAAAAGUAUCUGACAAGUCAGUCAUUGAAAUUAACGCUGAAGUCCCGAAAUAUGUAUGUAGAGCGAGACAUAAGCUUGAGGCAGCUAUCAAAGUAUUUGGUAUUGAUUGUGAUGGAAAGAUAGCCCUUGAUUCGGGAUCAUCCACUGGAGGCUUUACCGACUGUUUACUUCAGCAUUUCUAUGGUGUAGAUGUUGGCUAUGGACAGGUUAUAAUUCCUUCUUUGAAAUUAUCUAGCUCCUUCCAAUUUAUCUGUCAGUUUGAGGAAGUUGCUACUCACUGCAGCACUAUGACUCUAAAUCUCAUUGUGCCCUACUCUGUUUCUGGUGGCUGAAAAAAAUCCGUACACAUGAACGUGUCUCAGUGAUCGAACGUACAAAUUUGAGAUAUCUUUCUCAAUUGCCAUAAUCAGUUGACUUGGUGACA